CUUGCUUGAGCAGUAUCUUUAUGUCUAAACUGUCAGAUAAUACAAUAGGCAAUAGCAACCAAUUAAUAAGGAACGAUAUUCUAAAGAUUCUUGAAAUAUUCACAAAGAAAUGGCUUCUGUAAAAGACGUAGCUUCUUUAUAUCAAAAUCUGAAAACUGAGUGGGCCAAGAAACCUCGCAAGCUGGACAAAUGCGGCGAACUACUAAAUAAAAUUAAGAUAGCGCUAACACAACUUACUUUCUUACCUAGCAACAAUACCGCGGCAAAUCAAAAAGAGUUAAUUUUGGCUCGUGAUGUUUUGGAAAUUGGUGCCCAAUGGGCUGUAGCUGCUAAAGAUGUAAAAGCCUUUGAAAGAUAUAUGUCACAACUUAAAUGCUACUAUUUUGAUUACAAAGACCAUCUUCCGGAAUCAGCAUUUAUGUAUCAAUUGUUGGGUCUGAACUUGCUCUUCCUACUAUCUCAGAAUCGAGUAGCUGAGUUCCACACAGAACUUGAACGUCUUUCAGUUGAUGUAAUUAGAGCAGAUCCUUAUGUGAGACACCCAUUAGCUUUGGAACAAUAUCUGAUGGAAGGUAGCUAUAAUAAGAUAUUUUUGGCUAAGGACAAUGUUCCAGCUGAGAGUUACACACUUUUCAUGGACACCCUUCUUGAUACAGUCCGAGGGGAAAUAGCUGCCUGUAUUGAAAAAGCUUAUCUGUGUAUAUCAUGCACAGAGGCAGCAAGACGUUUGAACUUACCAUCUCAACAGGCUGUUUUGGAAUAUGGAAAAAAGCGCAACUGGAUACUUGGUGCUGAUAAUUGUUAUCACUUCAAUGCUUCUGAAGAAACCUGUGCAGCUGCGGCUGGUGUAUUCCCAUCAUCUGAACUUGCAGAACAAACUAUUGAAUAUGCUAGACAUCUUGAAAUGAUUGUGUAAAUCAUGAUCUUAGUGCUUAAAUAUUGAUUUUAUAAAUAAAAAGAAUAAAACUGUGGUUUCCAUUUCUUACAA